UUCAGCCUGAGCGGACUCCAGAACUCUCUAGGACUCUCCAGACUGGCAUGUCGGGCAUCGCGGCCACCCUGCAGCGGCUCCGGGAGAAGGACCGGGGCACGGGCACCAACAGCCAGGCUCACAGGUACCUGAACCAGGACUACGAGGCUCUGCGGCAGCACUGUCCGGAGACAGGUCAGCUGUUCCAGGACAACACGUUCCCGGCACUGACCUCCUCCCUGGGAUUCAAAGAGCUGGGCCCGAACUCCUCCAAGGUCCGCGGCGUGUCCUGAAAGAGACCCACGGAGCUGACCUCUGACCCCGAGUUCAUCGUGUCCGGGGCUUCGAGGACCGACAUCUGUCAGGGAGCUCUGGGUGACUGCUGGCUGCUCGCCGCCAUUGCCUCUCUUCAGUUAAACGGCUGUUACGAGGCGCUGUCCGGAGGAACGACCACUGAAGGCUUUGAGGAUUUCACCGGAGGAAUCGCCGAGGUCCACAAGCUGAGCCGACCCAGUCCGCACCUGUUCCUCAUCAUCCAGAAGGCUCUGAGCCGCGGCUCGCUGAUGGGCUGCUCCAUUGAUAUCACAAGCUCGGCCGACUCUGAGGCCAUCACCUCACAGAAGCUGGUCAAAGGCCACGCCUACUCUGUUACAGGUGCUGCUGAGGUGGAGUACCAGGGGGACAAGGUGAAGCUGACGGGUCAGGUGGAGUGGACCGGAGCGUGGAGCGAUGACUCCGCGCAGUGGCGUUACAUCAGCGACGAGGACCGCGAGCGGCUGAGCCAUCGCUCCGAGGAUGGAGAGUUCUGGAUAUCCUUUCCCGACUUCCUGCGUCAAUACUCCCGACUGGAGAUCUGCAACUUGACGCCUGACGCUCUGAGUGACGACGGCGUCUCUAAGUGGGCUCUGUCCAAGUUUAAGGGCACCUGGAGAAGAGGAUCCACAGCCGGCGGCUGCAGGAACUACCCCGACACACUCUGGACAAACCCGCAGUUCAUGAUCAAACUGGACGAGGAGGACGAUGACCCCUACGACAAUGAGGCCGGCUGCAGCUUUGUGGUCGGUCUGAUCCAGAAGGACCGCAGAAAAAUGAGGAAGGUUGGAGAGGAGCAAACCAUCGGCUUGGCCAUCAAUGAGGUUCCUGGCGAGUUCUCUGGUCAGAGGAACAUCCACCUCAACAAGAACUUCUUCCUGCAGCAUGCCUCUGCCGCUCGCUCAGAGACCUUCAUCAACCUGCGAGAAGUGUGCAGCCGCUUCUGUCUGCCACCUGGAGAGUACCUGAUUGUCCCGUCCACCUUUGAGCCGCACAAGAACGCAGAGUUCUGUGUCAGAGUCUUCUCUAGCUGUGUUUGUUCCCACAGGGAGCUGGAUGACCCCGUCAAGUCACGGGUAGAAAAGAUCCACAUAGACGAGAACGACGUGGACGACUGCUUCAGAGGUCUGUUUGGACAGCUGGCAGGAGGGGACUGUGAGAUCUCCGUGUUCGAGCUGCAGAAGAUCCUGAACAGAGUGGUGACCAAACGCUCUGACAUCCAGACCAGCGGGUUCAGCAUCGCAACGUGCCGCAACAUGAUCAACCUCCUGGACAAAGAUGGCACCGGGAAGCUGGGGCUGGUCGAGUUUAAGGUGCUGUGGACCAAGAUCGAGAACUACCUGAAAGUCUACCGUGACAGGGACGUGGACAAUUCAGGGACCAUGAGCUCCAUGGAGAUGAGGUUGGCGGUGGAAGACGCAGGUUUCUCCCUGAACAAUCUGCUUCAUCAGGUCCUGGUGGCUCGCUACAGCGAACCCGAUCUCACCAUCGACUUUGACAACUUCGUGGGCUGCUUGGUGCGUCUGGAGGCCAUGUUCGAGGCUUUCAGCGCGCUGGACAAAGACGGGUCAGGAACCAUCGAGCUCAACUUGACGGAGUGGCUCAACGUGUCGCUGCUCUGAGGUCCUCGAAACGCCAGGUGAUGAACGUGCUGGUUUCUGAUUGGUUUAUACUCCCUGUGCUGUGAUUAGCUGAGUGUUUCAUGAUGUAACCUUUCACAAUAAAGAGAAUAACGAGA